AUUCGGAUCAUUCACUUUGGGGCCACACUCCGCGCCAUCGUCCUCCAUCGUUCGUGUACCGACUUGCUUUUGCACACUUACUCGAGCACAUUUUGAAAACACCCGCCGUUGUAAAACGUCUGCCGAGUCCGUUUUGCCAGUAUCCAUGUCGUACCCGCCGACUUAUGCGUUGUCAGUGACCCUGUGGACGUUAGUCUUGGUCGUCGUGACCCUGACCGGUAAGGUGACCACGACCGUCGGAACGUCGGACGAGGACGAGUGCGUUAUCGACCUGGCCGUGGUAUGUCUGGACGACAAGCUGUUGGUGUAUGUCAACUGGCUGGAAAAGAGGGAUAAGCUUAACGUGGUCGGCGACUUGGUGACCAUUGUCAAGAAGAACGGCAGCUUCGAGGAUCGCACCAAAACGCCAUACCAGCAACGGGUCAGCAACUCUCUGGGACCGGCCAUCGACGAAUACUUUGACACGCACACGUUGAGGAUAUCGUUACCGUGGAUACUGGACGGCGACAUCGAUCUGGAACUCGACCAGCAAGGACGCGGCAAAAAAUCCAAACUGAAACAACUGAAGAAAAUGAUGUCCAUGCUGGGCGUGAUCAUGUGCGCGAAAUUGUCGCUGAUGGGGCCACUGGCCAUGGUCAUGAUCGGCGCGAAAGCGUUGAAGGCACUAAUGCUGUCCGUGAUGGCGCUGACCAUUUCGAAAAUGGUAAUGCUCAAGAAAAUGAAAGGAGGAGGAGGCGGCGGCGGCGGCGGCCUAGGCGGUUCGCUGGUGCAAGCCGAGUGGUCGGCCGACAAAGACGACCGGAACGCGCACCUUCUGGCCUAUUCCGGUCAGUCCAAAGUGCCGGUCGGACCUUCGCAGUCGCCCAUGACUUCCGCCUACCAACAGCAGUCCCAACCACUGUACCCUUCCUACGAACAAUCGCCGCACGUCUAUCACGGCGCAGUCUGAUACGUGGAAACUCUGACGUCGCAUCGACCCAAAAUCUAUAAUCGUGUUCUUCACACAGUUCCAACGUCGACCUGGUCGAAACAAUUUUUAUAACGUUUUUAUGAACUUUACAAUCUUGUUUAAACUGCAAAUACUAAUACUAACCACCCGAAUUAUAAUAAGCGUGUAGAUUAACGUUAACUGUCCAAGCGGUAGUGUUUUAGUGGUAAUGUGCAAGUAAUGAACGAGAACGUGUGUUUUGUUUGAAAAAAAUAUGUUCAAAAAAAUCAAAUGUUAAUCAAGUGAAAUUGUAUAUUAUAUAUUUUAUAAAUUAAA